CGCAUAUGCCCGCCAGAGACCGCCGGGCGCACCAGGGCUCCCUGGGCGGCCAAGGGGCCUUUAGGGCCACGGCCCCAGGGCGGUGCCAAACCAUGCUGGUCACUCCAACCCGCUGUCCGGAAACGGCCAGCCCCCGUCGGCCGCAGCCCGCGAGUCCAGCGGGACAGGAGGGCCCGCGCGGCGGCCGUGGGCUCUCCGGACUCCACCCCGUCGGCCCGAUCGGCGGUCGAGCUCAACCAGUCGUCCAUGGAGCGAAGCCACAAGUGCCGCCAGAGACCAUGUACCCCACUUCUCUUGGCGUUCAUGCUGCUCGCACAAGAUUUGGCUACUGGGGUGAUUCCGAAGAGUGCUCCGCAGCUGGAAAUGGAAGGCACUGAUGGACUGCUGGAGGACAGUGGGGAAUGCAGUAACACAUUGGAGGCUGUCUGCGGUGGAGAUUGGGAUGAGGCACUUGCCUCGGGAAGAUGGAUCGAGGUGCCAGUUGGGCGAUUCGACUACUUUGUCAGCGUCAGGGGGUGGGACUUUAGGCACAGGUGCAGUGGCAUUGUGGUCGACACUUCCUGGGUGCUCACGGCCGCGCACUGUAUCAAGCAUGUUGGCCCCAAUGCGAUGGUGUAUAUGACCCCACCAGCAACAGGAGGUGCUGUGGCCGAUGAUGCAACACGG